UCGGUAUGCAACCCGCGAAAGGGACAUACACACGUGCUGUAAUGUUUAUGUUUUUUUAAUAUUUUAGCUGCUCUUUGUCGUCGCAGAUUAAGUGAAAACUAUUGUCAUGGGUGCUUACCUUUCGUCUCCUGUUACCGACAAGAUCUCAUGUGAUCAAACUUGUGAAGGGUAUACCUAUGGUGCUUCUUCUAUGCAAGGAUGGCGGAUAAGUCAAGAGGAUGCACACAACUGUUUGCCUGAUUUUGAUGAGGAAACCGGCACAUCACUUUUUGCUGUAUAUGAUGGUCAUGGAGGAGCGGAAGUAGCACAGUAUUGUGCAAUGCACUUACCGAAGUACAUCAAAGAAACUGAGAGCUACAUGGCUAAUAAUCUCGGACAAGGAUUGAUUGAUGCUUUUCUAGAGUUUGACAGUAUACUUAUUAAGGAGAAUGUCAUCAAAGAACUGAAGGAAUUAGCUGGAGAAGAUGAAGAUGAGGAUGAAGAGGAUGAUGAUGAUCCAGUUGGAAGGGGAGAAGCUGAUGCGUUGCGAGCAGAAGCAGACUUACCAUUGGAUCAGAUCUUAGCAAAAUAUCAGACAUCUUCUGUUGGUGCCACCAAAAGUUUACGGAAGAAAGAUGUGUUCCAGAGUCCACAAGUGCGAGCAAAGCAGGGACAAGAAGAAAGAGCUAAGAGAACCGCUGGCGAUGAUGAAGCUUGUGCGGGUUCGAGUUGCUCAAGUUCUGCUUUAGGUGAAGGCUCAAGUUCGCUUGAUUUCAGUGACAGUCUUAUUAAUGGACAUGCAGAAAAUGAAAACAAUCUUAACAAAGAGAAAGAACUCCAGAAUACUUUCCAGGCAGCUGCAGACAAUUUUGUAGAAAAUAGUGUGGAUUGUGUUUCUUCCUCAGACAGUAAAAUUUCUUCAGAUGCAGAUGGUGUUAUAGACAAUUCUUCAGACACCAAAAACUUUGCAGAAACAGCAGAGUUGUCAAAUGGUGGCACAAACAGUAAAUCUCUUGAAGCAAGUGGUGACUCUGUCUCUUCCUCUGGCACUUCUUCUGUUGAGACCUCUUCUGCAGUAGUGUCUAGUAGUGCAUUAGAUGCAGCAAGUGGUAGUUCUUCUAUGGCAGCAGAAGAGUCAAUAACUAAGUCUUCGUGUGGUUCAUUAGGUGAAUCGUCAGGAUCUUCAGUAAAGUUUGAAGAAGAUGAAGAACCAGGUCCUUCUGGGUCUGGUCAAAGUGGGCAUGAGCCCUGUAGAAGUGGCAAUAAAAUCAGUUUAAAGGAAGAAGAUAUAGAUAUGGAUGAUGAAAGUGAUGAUGAUGAAGAAGAUGAGUGGCAGGAGGACAGUGAUGACGAAGAAGAUGAUGAUGAAGAGGAGGAAGAUGAAGAAGAGGAAGUAGGAGAAGGUGAUGAGCCUAUUAUGGAUAUGUCUAAUGAAGAGCCAGGAUCAGACAGUGGCUGCACAGCAUGUGUUGCUCUGAUGCGCAAAAGUCAGAUUGUUGUUGCAAAUGCUGGAGAUUCUAGGUGUGUGAUUUCUCGCAAAGGAAAGGCUGCUGAACUUUCUUUUGAUCACAAGCCAGAAGAUGAAUGUGAGCGUUUACGGAUUGAAAAGGCUGGUGGCAAGGUCACAGCUGAUGGUCGUGUCAAUGGAGGCUUGAAUCUCUCAAGAGCCAUUGGAGAUCAUUUUUACAAACGGAAAGAAGGUUUGCCUCCACAAGAACAGAUGAUAACAGCCUUUCCAGAUAUACAGACUCUAACAUUGGAACCUGAUGAUGAGUUUAUGGUGCUGGCUUGUGAUGGAAUAUGGAAUUAUAUGUCAAGUCAGGAUGUAGUUGAUUUUGUAGCUGAGCGGCUGAAGGAUCCAGUGAAAAGGAAAAAGCUAUCCCUCAUUUGUGAAGAGAUGUUUGACCACUGUUUAGCACCUAACACUUGUGGGGAUGGAACUGGCUGUGACAAUAUGACCUGCAUCAUCAUUACUUUUAACAAUUCAGAGUCAGUUGGUGAUUGCGUACCUCCAAGUAAACGUUGUGUAGGGGACUUGGAGAAUGUUGUUGAAAAUGUUGAAAAGAGACCACGUGUAGAUGAAUGUGAAGAGAACCAAGGUGAUUCCUUAAAAAUCUGUGAAGAUGAUAAUACUGAAUAAUCAUUUUCUUUUUAAUUACGAGAAAUAAGUUUGUGCUUGUGAGCCAUUUUUAGGCACAGAAAGGAAUUAUGGUUUGAAGAUCUCUUUUUGAAAGUAACAUGUACAGUUGUUUAGCCAAGGUUUUUACUUUUUAAUUUCUUUAAUAAUUGUUUACAAAAAAGCUGUAACUGUCUCUAUCCUACUUAAAGCAAGAUUGAUAACACACCUCUUCAAAAGCAGGAUAUGUGGUACAGCAGAAAUGGGAAUGUGAGAUGAAACCUUUAUAUUUUGUGUUUCUUUGAAGAUGAAACUGAAAUAUUACCCCUUUUUUUAAAAAAUAAAGUGGAUCUUUAAAAAUAUCAAUUUUUUUUAUGGUCACAUCAAUACAGCUGCAACAUAAUAAAAGUAUUGCGAGUACUACACAAAGCAUAAACUGUUGGUACUGGCUCAGAAUAGAUCACAUUCAUAUUUUCUUAUAUGAUCAAAAUCAUUGAUACAUUUGAAAAACUUUUAAAAUGAUGCUUACAUUAGUAAAGAAUAUGAUCCUUGGUAAGAUAUCAAUUUCACACCACUUGAUUGUGUGUCUGUCUCAAAAAAUUGGAAUGUGCAUGUAAAUCACUCAAAGACAAGAAAAGUUUAUACUGAGGAUGAUAAAGCAUGAUUGUGCUAUGCCUUUAACUGUGCAGAUCACACGUCGGCAUAUAGGAUGCAAAAUCAGUUUGUCCAUUUAGCGAGUUUCCAAGAAUAAUGAACAAACAGAAUAGUAGCAUUUUUGUAAAUAGAUAUUUUUAGCUACUUUUUCCCCCCACAGAACAAUCUUGUAUUAAAACUUUUUAGAGGUUGUCCCCAGUCCAAAAUGAAUUUCAAAUGACUGGUUUAUCACAUUAUGCAUUAUUCCACCAAAUCUGAUCACAUAAUUUCUCAUUUACAAUAUACAUGCCUUUAAAUGUUGCAGUUAUCACCUGCACCUUCAAAAGAGGUCAAAACCUGAUCUCUUGCAGUGAUAAAAAGUAGGCUUGCUGUUGUGGCAGUGCCUCAUUAGCAUGCAUUACUCUUUACAGUUUAGUCAACUGAGGAGAAGAGCAUUACUCUGCAGGUGAGCAAGCCACAAUCUAAACUGUAAAGCGAUAAUGCUUUUGCAUUGGUUGUGGCCUUCAGUGAGUCUAAAUUUUGUGUUGUCUGGGUGUCCUUUACUUUUUAAAAAAAGAUGAAAAGGGAAAAAAAAAUUAGUGACAAACUUGAUAAUUGCACUGUGGAAAGUUUGGGCUAAAUUUCGUGUUUCAUAGGUUAGCCUUUUUUUUUUUUAACAGUUUUGUUCUUGUUUUAUGCUGGAGGUGCUGAGAUGCUUCACAAUUGAUGCCUUGUACACAGUGGAAUGACCAGCAAUAAUGUCAUGAAGGGGAAAAAAACUGCUACCUCAGCUUCACCAAUGGCUUCAUAGUGGCAUCAGUUGUUUCAUUAAUCCCUUGUACUUUGAGGCAUUAACAUAUAAAAAGCUUUCUCAAUUCUAUGAGCCUUUCAUUCAUGUUCUGUUUCUUUUCCUUAGUAAUUGUUUUUGAAGCCUUUUUAUCUGCAGAAUGCAAGCGCUGGUGCCCAAUCUCAUGUUUAUGAAAGGAUAUGUCAUAAUUGCAUGAAUUUAGACUGAAACAGAAUGUUCUGCAAGCAGGAAAAAAAAAAAAUUCUUUGGUGGUAAUAGUAGACAGGGUAAACAUAUUUUGGAGUUUUUCUGGAACAAAAUAUUACUGUUUAAUUGGUACCGUUUCCUGAUUUUUCUGGAAUAGUAAUUUUCAAAUGCUCAAGCGCAAAGGUAGAUGGGGUUUUUUUUUUCCUUGUCUUUUUUUUCUAGGGCUCGGCUCGUCCACCUGCUUAGAGCAUGUUUAAAGUAUUUUGCAUGUUCAGUCUCUGUGGAAACAUGCCCAUAAGAGUCGAACAAGAUUGGUUCUCUUUUCAUUAGAUUAUAAACUAAGAAUCUGAUUUAAUUUCCAGGACCCUUUUGUGUUUGAAAUUUGGUUCUUGACUGAAUUGUCAUUAAACAUUGGCUUCUCUUUGAACUUUAGACUUGAGAGAAGGCCAUAAUGUCAUUAAAUGGUGAGAAACGCACAUACGGAAUUAUCUGCUUCACAAAGGUAUAUUUUGGUUAUGGCAGUUAUGUGUGCAAGCUUUGAGAACAGAUAAUUGAUGUGGAUUUCUUGAAUUGUGUAGCAGCCGUUAGUACUGUAAUCUUGUAAUGUUAUGUGAUGGCCUUUGAUAUUUAAAAGUUAUAAAUUUCUAAGUGUAUUGCUGGAUUGGAUGCAGAAAAUGUGCUGAUUUUGUUUGACCUUCCUUUGUAUUGUGAAAAAGGCAAACAUACAAAGAUGGAGCUGUUAGUCAGCACUCAAAUAGUUUAAGUAGAAAUAGAAAAUCACUUUUUUUCUAAAAGGGCUUUGAUUGAUCUGAUGUGCUUUUGUAAGUAUUUUUGGGAUGGGGUAUUGAGUUAUAUGUAUAUUUUUAAUAAUGGAAUGUCUUAUUGCUGUUAACUAAACUCUGAAAAAAAUCAGCAUUAUUAUUACCUCUGUGAGGCACAGACAUUUCUCCGAUUUAGUUCUCCAUUCAAAUGAAGGCCUCUUCACCCGUGGGAAUGAGCAGCACCCAAAUGUGAAGAUUAACAAAAAUGCAAAAGUCAGAAGUCUGGAGGGCUUCUCUGUUGUGCAUAGUGACAAAUCGUUUGUUUAACGAUGUGAAUGAACUAUGAUUUUUGUGUAAAGACAUUUACAUUAUAAGAUAUACUUUGAUGGCUUCUGCAUGCCCUGUUUACAAGAACAUGAAAACUUGGAGCUAUAAAAAAGAACUGCAACAAAAAA